AGCAUCCGAGCGCUGAAGUGCGAGAGUAUGCCUGUGCCAGUAUUUCCAAGCUGUUGCAGCAGAAGGGUGUCAUCCCAGCCUUUCUGCAGAGAGACGUUGUCCGGCGUUUAGGACCGCUGUUGAUGGAUCACAGCUUAGCUGUUCGCGAGACAGCCGCAGGUGCUCUGCGAAAUCUGAGUGCUUGUGGAGGAUUUGAAGUCUGUGAUGACAUGGUUACAAAAGACAUCAUGACACCCCUUGUUGCACUUCUGAAAGAGUGUAGCACUGGGCUAGAUGCUACCCAGCUCUCUCCAAAGAAAUGCAAAGAGACGAACAAAAAUUAUAUUGAAGACAUAGCCAAUGAGGCUAUUAAUUUGCUGUGGAAUGUAUGUGAAUGCAACAAUACCGCCGUAUGCAUAUUCAAUAAAGAAGGAUGUCUGGAGGCUGUGUUACAUUACAUGAAGAAAUUUUCCACAAAUGUGGAUCUGGCUAUUUCAGUAGCAAACUGCUUGCAGGCAGUGACGGAAGAUAAUCCAGAUCUUCUUUCUUCAUUUAAUGCUUCUGCACAACAAGUACUGGAAACAGUGAUGUUGUGUCCAGAGACCACAAUGAAGCACAUCCUUCUGAGAACCCUGAUAGCAGGCACUAUCUGGAAUAUCAAGGAUACCAUUCCACCAGGCAGCCUGGGAAGCACGGUUAAUGCAAUCCUGAAGAUUUUUUCAGAAUCGUUAGCAAUAGAUGCUGGUGAAAUGGUUAUUCGUAUGAAUGAAGCUGAAAAAAACAGGUUAAACCUUGCUGCAGAGGCAGAAACAGAGGAAGACAUGAGCGAUGUUAUAGACAACUGUGUUUUGAAUGAAGAUGAUGACAUGGAAGAAAUACCGAAAAAAAAAGUCAGGAGAGAAAAUGACAUUUCUGAUCUGCUUCCAUCUGAUAAGUGGGAACUGAAAGAAGUGACAGCUUUACUGAUGGCUCAGCAGACUGCCUUGGAAAUCAUUGUUAAUAUGUGCUGCAGUGAAGAUCCCUCUGAUGAUGAAUGGGAAGAACUCUCCAGCAGUGAUGAAAGUGACUUGUUUAUGGAAAACUCAUACAAUGAGGGGAGUGGGCUGCUAAUGACACCCCUGUGCCUCUCUGAUGAGGUUAAUUCGGCGUUUCUGAACAACCUCAUUCCAAAGAAGAUUCUUGAAAAAACUGCUUUUCCGAACAGUGUUGCUCUAGACAUCUGUAUGCACAAUCCGUCUUGGAAACCAUUAAUUAAAAAACUGAAUGCAGUGCAGUGUAGAGCUUUAACGUGUCUUCAUAGCAUUUUGUUAGUGUCAGAUGUGGAUUGUCUUGGAGGAGCUGCAGCACUUCAGUCCCUUGCACAGCAUCUCUCGCAGCUCGUCUUUUCUAAAACGG